UAGGGAUUUUCAUGUCCCUUUGUUGGAUCUGGAACCCUAAAAUUGAAGUAGAUAUUUUCUUCCUCGUCCAAGCACACAUCAUUCAAAUUCAUUAAAAAGGGAAACAAAAGAUACUUGCUCCUCUUCGAACAUGCAUGCUCGACAUAGAAACGCUUGGAAUGACUACAGGUCUAAUUCUAUGGUGAUGGGGCUUUCCUCCUCCCGGAUAUCCCCUGAAACAUCGGGUAGAGGCCAUGGGUUUUACAAUUCAGAGUACCGCAGCUUCAAGCGUGGGUUUGGGCGUGGUCAAAGGCACCCAAAAUCAUUUCAAUCGAAUCCGCCUCCACCGCGCGAAGGCACUGACAUAUUUACGCAAGCUGGCCGUCUUGCGGCGGAAUAUUUGGUUUCUCAGGGAUUGUUGCCCCCAAGUGUGCUUCCUGCUAAAUGGCAGAACGGUAGGUUGAAGAAGCAGAUGGGGGAUUAUCAAGAUUAUAGGUCACAAGAGGGUGAUAACUUGCACCUUCCCUCCAUUAGGCAAACAUCGGCCCUUGCUCGUCUGAGAAAUUGUAAUUCUGAUGUGAGUUUAGGCAGGAGGAGUAACGUUGAUGAAAAUAACUCCUCAUGGUCUAGAAAUCUUUCUAAAGGAAGAAGGAAGGAUGGGUCUUAUCGAGGUCGAGAAUAUGGGGGAAGUGGAUCAUGGUCUGAUCGGAUUCGGGGUUCUCCUGACUUGGAAAUUGAUGAUGAUAAUGUUUCUGGACAUCACGAAGAAUCACAUGUUGGUAAAGAUGUCGGUAAUGGAUUGCACAAGCAUGUUUCCGGCGACUUUGCACCAAAAGGUGAAGAAUUAGUUAACUUCGAUGAUAAGUACAUUCUACCAGAUGAAUUGAGGUCAAAGGCAAGUUCUUCUGGUGCGGAGAAAGAUCUAAAGUCUGAAACUGAUGGUGAACUAUUGAAGAGAUCCAAUGAUUCAGCAGAUUUUAUAAUGGAGGCUGGAGAGCUAAAAGAUGGCAGCAAUGAUAACGUUGAAACUGAAGAAGAGGGUGUAUUGAAGGAUUCAUCUUUCAAGCAUUCUUCCACGGAGGAUGAUGUCUCGGGCAAGACUUGUACAGGCUUACUGGCACUCUGCAAUUUUGCCAAGGUGCCUACUAAAACACGUUCUUCGUUGACAUUGAGGAACUUAAAGGCUGACUCGGUUUCGGUUAAUGAUCAAGGAAGUGUUUCUAAUUUUGAAAACCCCAGUGGUCAUCAACCCUUACUUGAAGACAACUCUCUGGGAGGUUCCUCUGGUGAUCUGCUAUUAAAUAAAAGUCAGGAUUUGAAACCUGAUUCUGAACUUUCUAAAGAUUUGUCUGUUCAUUCGUUUGGCAUGGAUCACAUAUAUGGUGUUGGGCAGGGUAAGUGUACAAGGUCUCAGGCUUUCCCUGAUAGAGCCCUUUUGCAUGACAGUGAGCAGGAAUUGGUUCAGGACAUGCCUGGUCUCCAAAGAUCAUGCUCUAUGGUUGCGAUUAAAGAGAGAGGCGACAAACGAGGUUUUGAACAGAGUGAUUUGAGGGAGGGAGCCAAAAAACCAAGAGAAUGGCUUGAGUCUGUGACUACCAAGACUGAUUUCCUGCCAUUCUCUGAUUUUGAGGACAAGAAAGUAGGACUAGUAGAAGGGAUAGCUUCUACUUCCGAGGAAGCUGGUGCGGUUGUCAAAAAAGGGAUCCAAGACAGCUUGGUCACAAAUUCACAUUUUCCAGGUGGAGAUGGUGAAUCAAGUAUCAAUUACGUACAAGAAAAGCAGCAUUUUCCAAAUGCAUUCAAGAUCUGCGACCUUAAUCUGAUGGAAACAUCUGAUAUAAAUGAAAGUCACCAUAAUGAUGCAAUUAUAAUGUACUCGUCUGCUCCAGAAACCAAAAUUGAAGCAGCAACGAUAGGUAUAGAUUUGUCAAUGAGUAAUUCUAACGGUCCUUCUGGAGGUAAUAGGCAUGCAAAUAACUGUAAGGAGAUUGAAGUAAUUGAUCUAGAGAAUGAUUGCAUCCAAGAAGACAAGACUGCAGAUAAUUUGGGGAGAAAGAGUGAACCAAUGUUUGUGAGCAUGAAUGGUGAUAUGACUGAUGUACCGGAUCAAUAUGACGGGCUUAUGAUGUCAGAGUUCUUCAGAAAUUUUUCAAAUUGCCCCCCAGAUGAUAUCAAUGCUCACCCUAUGCAAAAUGAAAACAUUAACACUCUGCAGACCGAGGACAUCAAUCCUCUGCAGAGUGACACGGGCCUUCAUAAUGGAGAGGGAACUCUCACAGAUGACGACUCAAUAUAUAUGUCCCUGGGAGAAAUACCAUUAAGCUUUUUACCGGCGUGGGAGCAAACACCAGCGCAGGAGUAUGAAAAGCCGUUCUGAUUCUACAAUUGUGCAUCGAUGAAAUACCACUUAGUAUGCUAACAUUAGUCACUGGGGUUCCUCUCUCAUUAUUGUCUUUUCCUUCCAUCCUAUUGCAACUUGCUUACGAAUUUAUGUUUGUAUAUCUAUGCUACCGAUAGGAUGAUAUUAUAUCUCAGCUGCCGAUAGGAUGAUAUCAUAUAUAUCUCUGCUGCCGAUAGGAUGAUAUUUCAAGUAAUCUACUGAAAGUCUAUUUAGCCAACUUAGCAAUUUUUAGCGAGGAUGAUUCUGAUUGAGAUAAAUCGUUACUCUCUCAAUUUCUGAUGUGCAAUUGUACUUUCAUGGCAAGUCCUACUAAGCCCAGAUGAAUAUAUUAUACGUGUGUAUGAAUGCAUGUAUAUGUUGUGCUACUAUUUAUAAGUAAAAUUUGUAAGGUUUUCGAGUCUAGAGCUUGAGAGGGUAAUUAGGAACAGUACUGCUUGUGCCACAACAUAUAUUUCGAAUUUGCAGGACUCUUGAAGGGGAUAAAGUGGUGCUCCUCAAAUCUUAUCUACUUGUGUUUGAGCUCGAGCUAAAGUUCAUUCGAAGUUUCAAGCAAAUCAUCAUGCACUGCAUCAGUAUCGCGUGUUUUAUUUUGUUUAAACAACCUACCAAUCUACUAGCUGCUACUUGUUUUAAGAGGGGAAUUGAGA